AUGGAAGAAUUCUCUAAUCAAAUAAAUGAAUUACGUGUAACUAUUCAAGAUUUAGAACAUAACGAUAUUCAUCAGUUUGUCAAUGAGACUGAACAGAUUGGUGAACAAUUGAAAUCUUCUCAAGAAUUUCUUAUAAAAGAAAUUCAACGUUUAAAACAAGAUUUAAAUAUAAAUUAUACUAAAAUUAAUUAUGCUGAUGAACUUAGAGCUAUUGAUGAGAAAACAUUGAAAAUAUUCAAAACUAAAUUUCAAGAUUUAACUCAGAUACUAACAAAUGUUAAAAUAAAAGAAAUAAAUACAUGGCAUCUUGUUCAGCUUCUUCGAGUAAAUACCUCUCGUCUAUGGCAUAUCUUUGAAACAGCAACUGGUACAACAAUAACUCAAGAAAUAGUUUAUGAAGAUUUACAAAAACUUCUUAAUAUUGUUCAAAUUGAAAAAAAUGAACAAACAACAACUUUAUCAUUAUUAGAAAAAGAACAUGGUGAUUUAUUAAUCAAAAUGAAUGAAAUUCAAUUGUCACUUGAACAAUUUCGUACAAAAAUUUUACAAAUAAUACAAAAUACAACUGAAAUGAAACUAAAAAUAAAAAAUCAACAACAAACUAAUGAUCGUUUACAAGAACAAUCAAAUAAAAAAUUAAAUCAAUUGUUUUUAAAUACUAAAGAUAUUCAAACAUUACUUAUUGAUUAUAAGUCGAUUGUUAAUCAAAUUGAUUAUUUAUUAAAAUUAAUCUUUCAUACUCAAACACAAAUUGAAAUUCAUCAUAAAACAAUAUUAAUUUAUCAAACUAAAUUAGAAAAAUAUAAACAAGAUUUAACAUUAAUAAUUAUUAAUCGUACUAAUUAUGAAAAUCAAAUAUUAACUUUACAAAAACAAAUUCAUCAACAAAAUCAACAUAUUAAACAAUUUCAACGACAACAAAUACAAAUCAAUCAAAAUCGUCAACAACUUUAUCAAUGUAUUCAUAGAUUUGAAAAAGAAAAAGAUGAUAUAUUACUUAUUCAACAACAAUUAUUAAAUAAAAUUAAACAAACAACUAUUAAAAAUAAUUUAUUAGAAAAAGAAAUUUUUCAUUCAAAUCAUACAAUAAAAACUACACAAUAUUCUUAUCGACAAUUAAUUAAAGAUCAUAAUAAACAACAAAAUAUAACCAAUAAUUUGAAUAAAACAAUUGAAACAAACGAACAACGAUUACAAAUCAUAAAAGAUGAAACGAAUCAAUUAACAAAACAAAUAAAACAACAAAAUCAUGUCAUAAAUUCGAAAGAAAAUCAAAUUGAUUUAUAUACAAAAGAAUUAGUCAAUCUCGAAGAUUGUUUAUCAACAACACAAGAAGAAUUGAUGAAUCAACAAACUAAAGUCAAUGAAAGUAAAACUAAAGUUAAAAUACUCACACAAAAAAUACAUCGACUGUCUACUGAUGAAAAACCAUUGAUAAAAGAUAUUGUACAUUAUCAAAAACAACUUGUACAAAAUGAAAUUUAUCAAAAUCGAUUAGAAUCAAAUUUAAAACAAAAUGAAACGAAAAUUAUUCAAUAUAAAACAAUGAUUUCAAAAUUAAAUGUAGAUACAAAACAAUAUGACUAUAUUCUUACACAAGAAAAUUUAUUGUUACAAAAUUAUUAUAAUAAACAAGAACAAUCAAUAGCUAAUAUAAACAAAUUGACUAAUAAUUUAACACAUUCAGAAUAUAAUUAUCAGAAUUUAAAAGAAAUAUUUGAUUAUACGAAUAAAGAAAAUCAACAAUUAAAACAACAGUAUGAAAAAUUAACUUUUGUCAUACAAAUACUUGGUCAAAAAAAUGCAAUUAUUAACAAUCAAUUACAACCAUUAUAUAAACAACUGAAAUAUCUUUCUACACAAUAUCUGAAUAAAGUCAAAAUAACUGAGCAAUCAAAACAAGAUCUUAAUAUUUUACAUAAAUAUUAUAUUCAUUUACGAACUUAUAAUCAUGAAUUACAUAAAUCAAUUUCGUUUCAAUCCCAACAGAAUUCUGAAUAUUUGAAUACUCAAUAUAUUUCAAAUCAACUUCCAUUGAAAAUAAAUACAAAUUUGAAUCAUAUUCAUUAUUGGCAUACAAUAAAAAUAAGUUCACCAGAUAUAUAUAACAAUAUAUCAAAAUUAUUUUUAAUAAAAACUAAACUUACUCAAAAAUUUAAUGAACUUUUAAAUUUAAAAAAAAUGUUUCAUGAAAAACAAACUUUAUAUCAUUAUUUAAAUCAUAUUUAUAUUCGAAGAAAAAAACUCAUACAAAAAAUUCAUACAUCUUAA